AUGAUUGGGUGGGGGCAGGAGAAACCUCACCACCACCCCGAUCCCUCUUUACGUACGCCUGAGCGUGUAAAAUAUACGUCAAGAAAGAACGUACGCGCGUCUAACAUAUUAUUUCUCUUUAUGUAUGUAGGUGCGUGUGUGCUCAGCCACGGCCCUCCCUUCCCGGCCCAGUCGCUUCCUUCCCCUCAUACCCUGUUCCGCGGGGAUGUGUGUGCGUUGCCGGCAGUGAGCCAUAGAGCAUCAGCACACUUCGCUUCUCCGGUCUGGUUGGUGCGGCUGGCUGCUUGCCCCAGAUCACACACAGCGUUGUCGGUUGUGGCACAGCGUGCGUUACAGCUUUGUGUUAGGAGCAAUACCACAGGAGGACGAGCCUCAUCACUCCGACGGCGAUGGGAAGGAAGGAAAGAUGGCGGGGAAGAUUGCUCUUCUUUACCAACAUCCUUCCUUCCUUCCUUCCGAUCUCCCGCCCUCCCGUCCGCCUCUCAUUUCCCGCCAUUUCACCUCCUCCUCCUCCCUCUGCAUCUAUAG